AUGUCGUUGGCAGAGUCUGAUAUAGACCCAUAUGAACAUUUCAGAAUUGGUCGCAACCCUGAUGGCACUAUCACUCGAUACAUGAACCUCCCAAGGAUCAAGGCAAGCCUUGUAGCCUCUCAUGGUAACCCUGUGGUCUCCAAAGAUCUCACUCUCAAUCCAAAAAACGAAACCCGAGUUCGAAUCUACAUGCCUACGUCCAAACUGUGUUCAUCAAAUGUUGAUACAAGAAUUCCCAUCAUAAUUUUCUUUGCGGGUUCUGGAUGGAUCUCAACUAACUGGGACACUGUCCUCGUCCAUUCACAAUGCUCAGCGCUCACACAAGAAGUUCAUGCCAUUGUUGUCAAUGUUGACUAUCGCAUCGCCCCAGAGAAUAGGCUGCCGGUUCAAUAUGAGGACGCAAUGGAUGCGGUUCUCUGGGUUAGAGCACAAGCUUUGGAUACAAAUGGUGAGCAAUGGAUUAGAGAAUACGGAGAUAUUUCGAGGUGUUAUCUACAUGGAAGUAGCAAUGGUGGUAACAUGUUAUUUUUCACUGCGUUAGAAGCAACGAGGAUGGAGUUGGAGCCGUUGAGAAUUGCUGGGAAUAUAAUGAACCAACCCUUGUUUGGCGGGAUGGAAAGGACUAACUCAGAGAUGCAAAGCAUUGAUGACCCGUCGUUCCCCUUGUGUGUACAAGAUAUGUUCUGGGAGCUCUCUUUGCCAGAAGGUGUAGAUAGGGACAUUUGGUAUUGUAAUCCAAUGGUGGAGGGUCCUUACACAAGCGCCAUUAGCAAGCUUGGUAGGUGCCUUGUGAUUGGGUUCUGCGGGGACGCCCUCAUCGAUCGGCACCAGGAGUUUGUAACCAUGUUGGUGAAGCAUCAAGUCCAGAUCGAAGCACAGUUUAGCAACAUUGGUUUCCAUGCCAUCGAGCUUAUAGACAGGGAUACUGCAAAUGAACUUGUGGAAAUAGCUAAAGGCUUCAUAAACAAAGCAUGA